GAUUGCUCGUUAUAUACUCAAUUUGGGGCGAGAUACUCGGCUAGGAGCAUAUCUGUAGCUCUUACACUAUGCCGACCUUUACUCCGCGCCAGCGGAAGCAGAAACACAGGCAGAGGGAGAACACGAAUGCAUCAGUAGACACGAACGUCACCGAGCUGCUCCCCGUCUCCAAGACUGAAAAGGAAGAGAAGCGGCGAAAGCUGAAAGAAAAGAUCAAAUCUCAACACAGCAAGAUCUCCGCCAAGAAGCAGAAGCGUUUAGAUAAAUAUAUUGAAAACAAACUGAAGAAAGAUGAAAACCUCGAACUGCUGAAGAAGCUUGCGGCUGCAAGGGUCGAUACAUCCGGUCUUCGCAGCGCUAGGGAAUUGGGUCAGGGAACCAAAGCCGAUUUGCGAUCGAGUACUCGCGACUCCAUUCAGACCGAAGCGACCGCGAAUGCAGCCAGUCUAGACAACCAGUUAUCCGGAGACGAGACCGAUGAGGAUGACCUUAAACUGAAGAGUGCUCCAGAUGGAUCUUUGCCUGAUCCGGUGGUCAAACAAUCCAACGCUAUCGCCGCAACUCCGGGAGUUGGAAGUGGUCUGAAACGGCCGCUUGAGCUUGGUGCAGAUGGGCGUCCUAUCAUCAAGAAGCGAAAACGCGCUCCGAAAACCAAACCAGUCAAACCAGUCGAGGAACUACCAUGGGAUGGCUUCGAUUCGGAGGAUGAUGCAGAUGAAGAACCCCCGGCCAAGAAACUCUCGAAUAAACGCGAAGUCGAGGCCGAGGAUGAAAGUGCUAAAGAUGGAGAAAGCAAUUCCUCAUCAGACGAGAUGUCUGAAGAUGGAUCUGGAUCAUCUGAAGAAAGCGAAAACGACGAUGAUGAAUCCGGGUCGGAGUCUGAGUCCGAAUCUGCCUCAGACACUGCUCAGGAUCAACCUCGAAAAUCUGCCUUCAAGGCGUGGGCCGUGCAGCAAAUCAACGAAGCAGUUGGAUUCAAGCCCACAACCGGACCGAUUGUGACUGAUUUCCCAACCAUUGCACCUGAGAGAUCUGCGAGAACUACUGUUGAAGAAGAUGAACCUCUACCUCUGGAGCUACAGGUCACUAAAGGAGAUCCUGAACGGAAAGCUUUCAGCAUCCAAGUUAACCGUUCAGACGAAAUACAGGCUGCACGUAUAGGGCUGCCAGUCGUUGGUGAAGAGCAGAAAAUCAUGGAGGCUAUUCAUAACAACUCUACAGUUGUCAUCUGGGGUGCAACUGGUAGCGGUAAAACCACCCAGCUUCCACAAUUCCUCUUCGAAGCGGGUUAUGGAAACCCUGAAAGUUCAAAUCCAGGAAUGAUCGGUGUCACUCAACCUCGCAGGGUUGCAGCAGUCAGUAUGGCCAAGCGUGUCGGCGACGAAUUGGGUCAGUUCUCCGACCAGGUGUCUUAUCAAAUUCGAUUUGAAAGCACGGCAACCAAGAAGACCGCCAUAAAGUUCAUGACCGACGGUAUCCUUCUGCGAGAAAUUGCGGAAGACUUCUCUCUGAAGAAAUAUUCGAUCAUCGUCAUUGAUGAAGCUCACGAACGAAGUGUGAACACGGAUAUUCUCAUUGGCAUGGUCAGCCGUAUUGUAGACCUUCGCAAAUCCAUGGCCGAAGAAGACCCUGCCGUCAAACCCCUGAAACUGGUCAUCAUGUCUGCUACAUUGCGAAUCUCGGACUUUACUCAAAAUGUCAGUUUGUUUCGGCAAGGCUCACCACCUCUUGUUCAAGCUGAGGGCCGCCAAUACCCUGUUACCAUUCAUUUCUCCAGGCGCACACACCGUGAUUAUCUUGAAGAAGCUUUUCGAAAGGUAUCCAGAGGCCACCGUAAGCUGCCUCCGGGAGGCAUGCUUGUCUUCCUUACCGGGCAAAAUGAGAUCAGACUUCUGGCCAAACGUUUGAAGCAGGCUUUUCGACCUACACAACGGGGGGAUGUGGCCCAGGUUAAAGUUCAAAUAUCAGCUAACGAUGCUCCACUUGAGACAGAAGAUCUUGAAUUAGGGGGUACAGAGAUGACCGAUGUAGGAAAUCAUGAUGAUGAUGGUGAUGAAAGUGACCUCGAAAUCACCGGUCUCGAUGACCCGGAAGAUGACGACGGCUUUGACCUGGGCGAGGAAGCAAUGGAUUCCUCUACACGAGUUCAUGUGUUGCCUCUGUACUCUCAGCUUCCGACAAAGGAACAACUCAAGGUUUUUGAGCCUCCGCCGGAUGGUUCUCGGCUCAUCGUUCUGGCCACCAACGUUGCUGAAACCAGUUUAACAAUUCCUGGGAUCAGAUACGUCUUUGACUGUGGGCGAGCCAAGGAGAAGCAGUAUGAUCUCUUCACUGGAGUCCAGAGCUUCCAAAUCGGCUGGAUCAGUAAAGCCAGUGCGAAUCAAAGAGCUGGUCGAGCCGGUCGUACUGGGCCAGGCCACUGCUAUCGGCUCUAUUCCUCCGCGCUCUACGAAGGCGAGUUUGCCGAGUACACUGACCCGGAAAUUCUACGAACGCCCAUCGAAGGUGUUGUCCUUCAAAUGAAGAGCAUGGGCCUUCACAACGUUAUCAACUUCCCUUUCCCAACACCCCCCAGCCGCACUGGGCUUACGAAGGCAGAGAAACUUCUCAAGAACUUGGGCGCGCUGUCUCCCGAGGGGAAAGUUACGCAAGUUGGCCACCGUUUGUCGACGUAUCCCUUGUCUCCUCGAUUUGGCAAAAUGUUACACAUUGGUCAUCAACAUGGCUGCCUGCCCUAUGUGAUUGCACUAGUUGCAGUAUUGGCGGUUGGAGACUUGUUCGUUCCCGAGUCCCAGAUUGACAUGAGGCCUUCGAAACCCGGUGAUGGAGAAGAGGACCGGCAGAUCUACACAAACUCGAACCGGCUAGAGGAUACAUAUCGCGAAAACCUCUUGAAGGACUACGCACGAGCCCAUCGACUUUUCAGCAAGAACGAUGACACCUCCGAUGCUUUGAAAUUCCUCUCAUCAAUCUGUGCCUAUGCAUAUGCCGAUGAUGGCGACGCCUUCUGCGAGAAGAUGUUCUUGCGAGCCAAAGCGUUUAAAGAAGCCAGCCAGCUGCGUCGCCAGUUAACGGACAUCGUCCGGACCAACAACCCUGGUCUCGUUGACGAGUACAAGGCGCGGCUCCCGCAACCAACCGAAAAGCAGUUCAAGGCCCUCAAACAGAUUGUCACUGCAGGGUUCAUUGACAACGUUGCCAUUCGUGCGGAUCUAGCCCCCGUUCCCCCCGAGCAAUCGCGCAGCCCGAAGAGGGCAAUCGACGUGCCCUACCUGACCUUGUUCAAAUCGCGGGAGGGACUUACCCAGGAGCUCAAUGAGAUGGCCGUCUACGUCCAUCCUUCCUCUGUGAUUGCGCGACUGUCUCCCAAAGAAAUGCCUCAGUACAUCAUAUACUCGCAUUUGCAGCAGGCGGCUCCUUCAGCCAUCUCGACAGAACAAGGCACCACCACCAAGAUUCGCAUGUUUCCGCUAGUUGCUCCCAGUGGGCUCCAACUAGCAGCGAUUGCGAACAACACUCCCUUGCUUGAAUAUGGAAAGCCAAUCGGCAAGGUCGAAACGAUGGAAGGUAUCCCGCAGCGCCGACAGUGCUGGGUGGUGCCGUCACUCGUGGGCGAGACCGGCAGUACAGGUUGGCCCUUGCCAGCUAAAAAGGUGAUUCAAAGAAAGGAUCCAAAAGAAGGCUGGGUUGUGGAAAAAGUGGUUUCUUGAAAAUUAGGCAUGAUGAGCAUGAUAUAGACCAUAGAACACUUUAAAGUCAAGGGGGAGAAAAAAUAUUUGGAUAUCCGUAAAGCCGUACGUACAGUUUCAAUGCAAAUGCAACCGUCAACUCCUGAAACCAACCAGAAAUCCGGGCCCUAAAACGACAACGAUAUAAAAACAAAGGAGAGAACAAAGAAAAGAAAGAACUAAUCUCUCCUUCUCUCGUAUGGAGC